CACACCACCAGCACCAGCACCAGCAGCAGCAGCAGCAGCAGCAGCACACAUUGUUCACGCACCACCAACUGAAAUUAUGAACGGAGAAACCACAUAAGUAUCUGUGUAUGAUACCACAACAACAUCACACGCAUCACUUUGGCACUUUGUUUGUUCGCACACAUAAUCAUUUAUCGUUUAAAUCGCUCUCAAUUUACUUGCUUUUACCGCACAACACACACAACUAACUGAAUGAACGAAUAACAACAACAACAAGUAGCCACCUGAGUUAACUUAUAACUUGUCUUGCAUUUGAUGCGCGUCGUCGUUCACUUUUCGCCAUUUCAGCGGCAAAAUGAUAACACAAUAUAAUGUACAUAUUAUCAUUCAACUUUCACAACUUUUUAUAAUAAUCACCAGAAUCCCGCCGCCCGACUGCCCUGUCUGCCGGGUGCCGGCGCUUGACACUGACGUUUAAUUUUUUUUUUUUUUUUUUUUUUCCAUUACUCAAAAGAAACGCGUUUUAUACCACACAUACAUCUGCCUACAUAGAGAAAAAAAAAAAUCAAAUUAAUUAACCAAGUGAAAAGGAAAAACACUUUUUUUUUUUUUUUUUUUUCUCCCAUUUAUAUCAGCACGGCGCGGUCUGUCACAAACCAACGCGAAGCGAGUGAAAGAGAAAGACAAGUGUGUCUCUUUCUGAAAAUUUCGCGCGAGACGUGCAUAUCUAUCUAUCUCUUUCUGACUGUGAAACGUUCGCCCCACUAAUGGGUUUGCGCGCGCCGUUAUAAAUAUUCUGCGCUCAACAAAAAUUGACACAGACAGUCUCGACGCGCGCUCGUCGUUACACGUUCACUUUGUGUGUUGAUUUAUUUCUCUACAAACUACAACAACAUGUCGGGUCGCGGCAAGGGUGGCAAGGUCAAGGGAAAGGCAAAGUCCAGGUCCAACCGUGCCGGUCUCCAGUUCCCCGUCGGUCGUAUCCACAGGCUUCUGCGUAAGGGCAAUUACGCCGAGCGUGUCGGUGCCGGUGCGCCCGUGUACCUGGCCGCCGUCAUGGAGUACCUGGCCGCUGAAGUGCUCGAGUUGGCCGGUAACGCGGCUCGUGACAACAAAAAGACCAGGAUCAUCCCGAGACAUCUACAACUGGCGAUACGCAACGACGAGGAAUUGAACAAGCUCCUCUCCGGCGUCACCAUCGCCCAGGGUGGUGUGCUGCCCAACAUCCAGGCCGUGCUCUUGCCCAAGAAGACCGAGAAGAAGGCAUAAAUCGCCGCCGCGUUUUCGCAUCAUUUAUGUAUGCUGCACUCUGCUGCUGUAUACAUAUUGAUCGAGAGUGUGCACGUUUCUUCAAACAAAAAGGCCCUUUUCAGGGCCGCAAUAUGAUUCUUGAGUAUUUAUGAAAUGUUUCUUGACGAUUGACACGAGUGCAAAUCUCUUCUUACACUAUACAAUAAUAAAUAC